UUUGUUUACGUGGAGAGAGGUGGCUGCAGUCACUGGUGAUUUUACAACACACUGUUUAAGGUGUUUAGUUUGGGUUGAAAUGUGUUUUUUUUGUUUUUUUCUUUAAUAAUUUAUGAGUUUUGUGUUUGUUUAUUACUUGCAUGGAGUUCUGGGAAAAGAAAACAAUCCAUUUUCUGUGUUGAAUUUCACACACAGAGUGGAGCGUGUCAUUCCUAUCUACAGACAAGUUGAGCUUUUCAAUGAGAUUAUUUACUGAACAUUUAAACGCGUUUAAAUUCUGGUAGAACUGCUGGAUUCUGAAAGACGGAAGUUACUCUUUGCAAAGUCUGUUGUUUGUGUCAGUUAUUUAUCACACCAGAGAAGUGAUGAAUAUGUUUGAAUGCGGAGGCUACGGUAAAAACAAAUAUAUCUUACUAAAUACAAACCGAAGACGGUGUUUCUGAAUGAAAAGAGGAUUCCGCUAGACCAGUCUCAAACUAAAGCCAGUGAAGAUGGACGUCAGUGUCUCCGUGUCGUGGUUUCAAGACGAGCUCGCCUCCACCGUCGAGCUCGCAGUGAAAGCGGCUGCAGACAGCGUCGUGUGCGCGAUUACUGAAGCUGUCUGCAGCAAAUUCACUGAAUUACAAGAGGAAAUGUCUGCAGUGAAGAGAGAGAAUGAAAGUCUGAAGCUGAGAUUGGAAAUAUCAGAGAGCGAGCUGAAAGCCGUGCGAGGGUGUAUAAACGCUGCAGAUGCAGACAUUAAACAGCCUUUCAUAUUUCAAGAGAGCCACGCUAUCCCUGAAUCUGAAGCACAGGAGGGGCCAAAGAUGGAAGCAGUUUACAAACAAGAGGAUUCCUUUGACCAGGAGUGGUGUCCAAGUCUAAUGCAGGUUACAGAGCUGACAUUUGUUAAAGAUGAAGACGUCCCUGAACAUGAAUGUGUUCCUAUUAAAGAGGAAUUCAUAGAGCAGGAAUGUGUCCCCAUCGCAGAGGAACUUCCUACUGAAAAUAAUGUCUGUACACUUGAGGAGAACAACAAGCUGGGAUUAAACCUGUGUGAUGAUACUCCAUCUGAAUGUGAUCUGGGAUUUGGAGCUUCUAAAGUAGAUGAAGGAGAACACGACUCCACUCCAUCAACCCAGUGCAAAAACUCUUCUAGUGGCGAACCAAAGUGCAAGAAGCACAGAGAAACAACACCCCAAGAAGAAUAUGUGAACACAUUGAGAACUCACUCGGUUAAAAUCCCUUCUUUACAAGACAGACACCCACUUACUGUGGAGAGUACAGAGACAGCACAUUCUGCAUAUUUUAACAAUUCUGAAACCCAGGGGAACUUGAAGACCUUGCCUCAUUCUGUUAAAGGUGGGAAGAGUUCCUGUCAAUUAGACGUUCCUGAAACUCACAAGGGAAAUCCCACAGGAGGGACUACAUUUUCCUGGGCUGAUUGUGGGAAGAGUUUCAAUCAUAUAUCACUGCUUAAAAGACACCAGCACAUUCACACAGGCGAGAAACCUUCCCACAUACAGUCCAGUGAUAAGAGUUUCACACAGUUAGGACAUCUUCAUUCACACCAGCACAUUAACAUAGGAGAGAAACCUUAUCACUGCACUGAGUGUGGGAAGACAUUCAGUCACAUAGGAAACCUUAAAAAACACAAGGCUGUUCACACAGGAGAGAAACCUCAUCACUGUGAUAUUUGUGGAAAGAGAUUCAGCCAGUUCGGAGACCUUAAAAGACACCAUAAAAUUCACACAGGAGAGAAACCUUAUCACUGUGCUGUUUGUGGGAAGAGAUUUAGCCAGUUAGGAAAUCUUAAGAGACACCAUAAACUUCACACAGGUGUGUAAUCCUAUCCCUGCACUUAAUGUGUGAAGUCAGUUGAAAGCUCUUACAGGACUCAAUAACUUUCUCAGAAUUGCAGACACUUGGGUACACCUAAACAACAGGUGGAUAUUUCACUAAAUAUAGAAAUAUUUACUGAAAACAAAAGAAUAAACUUGCUUGAUAAAUAGGGUCACCCCCAUGGCUGUAACCAUCUAUGAGGACAUGAGGUCGCGUCCUUGGUUGUUUUUUGCAUCAUCAAUGCUGAUGCUCGUAAAAAUUCUGGUAAAGUACAAAAGACUCCUUAAUUCUCUCUGUUGGUUAGCUGUAUAACAUAGAUUUGGAGGUUGAAUAGUAAAUACCAAGCAGUCAUAAAUACUGCAGCUAGAGCUUGAAACCUCAGUGUGACCUUGGUAGAAUGUCAGCUCUGGUUACAUACAACGCUGGUCACCCCGAAUCACAAUUUGCUCAGAUCAAGAGCUCACGGACCACAAAUAUGAACGAGUACAUCUUGUAUUCAUUGUCUUGUUGAACAUUCGGAUUGUGUUACGUCACAGUAAUAUAUUAAAUAGAUUGUUAUUAUGUUUGCAAGUUUCUCUUUCUUUUCUCAUGCGUUGCUCAGCCUCUUGUAGUGGGUUCUGUGGGAACUUCCCCAAUACCACAGUGAAUCUGCGGUACCUGAAGACACAGCGCAGUAUACCGCAGUUAUCAUGCGGGCAGCUUAAAGUGUAAAGCAAUACUGUCUCCAGCAGGGGGUACCAGAGAGCUUUUAGGAAUAUAAUGGGCGGCAUACCAUUGUCUCUUAACGAGGUGAUUUCUGCUCAGGAUGUGUUGAAUACUGCCCUCUUUCUCUCUUGGGUACUCUGUUAACAAACGUAGGCUCCUGUGUUUUUGAUAUCAAUUUGUUAAUUGACAACGAGACUACUAAAGCAAAUAAAAUCUAUAUUAAAAAUUAUUUGCUGCCUGUAUUAAAUGCUAUUUUAAAUGUUAUUCAGUGUCUUGGCAAUCAACAAUUUCAUUUUAAAAAUCCAGUAAUAAAUACCGUAGAUGUCCUUUUUUCUACAUUUCUUAUAAGAACAUAAGAAAGUUUACAAACGAGAGGAGGCCAUUCGGCCCAUCUUGCUCGUUUGGUUGUUAGUAGCUUACUGAUCCCAGAAUCUCAUCAAGCAGCUUCUUGAAGGAUCCCAGGGUGUCAGCUUCAACAACAUUACUGGGGAGUUGGUUCCAGACCCUCACAAUUCUCUGUGUAAAAAAGUACCUCCUAUUUUCUGUUCUGAGUGCCCCUUUAUCUAAUCUCCAUUUGUGACCUCUGGUCCUUGUUUCUUUUUUCAGGUCAAAAAAGUCCCCUGGGUUGAUAUUGUCAAUACCUUUUAGAAUUUUGAAUGCUUGAGUCAGAUCACCACGUAAUCUUCUUUGUUCAAGACUGAAUAGAUUCAAUUAUUUUAGCCUGUCUGCAUACGACAUGCCUUUUAAACCCAGGAUAAUUCUGGUCGCUCUGCUUUGCACUUUUUCUAGAGCAGCAAUAUUCUUUUUGUAAUGAGGUGACCAGAACUGAACACAAUAUUCUAGAUGAGGUCUUACUAAUGCAUUGUGAAGUUUUAACAUACUUCCCUUGAUUUAAAUUCAACACUUUUCACAAUAUAUCCUAGCAUCUUGUUGGCCUUUUUUAUAGCUUCCCCACAUUGUCUAGAUGAAGAGAUUUCUGAAUCAACAUAAACUCCUAGGUCUUUUUCAUAGAUUCCUUCUUCAAUUUCAGUAUCUUCCAUAUGAUAUUUAUAAUGCACAUUUUUAUUGCCUGCGUGCAGUACUUUACACUUUCCUCUAUUAAAUGUCAUUUGCCAUGUGUCUGCCCAGUUCUGAAUGCU